AUGAGCCGAGGCCUUACUUUGACCUGUCUUUCUGAAGAAAUUGAAAAGGAAAAGAAGAAGGAGAAGGUGGAGACUGCUGUGCUCAGUAUUACCGCGAAGCACCGCAAGAAGGAGCUUGAGAAGAAAAAACCACAGCCUUCUGCCUCAAUCCCCACACCAGACGGCGCCGAGAAGAUGGACGUGUAA